GUGGGCCCGGGGCUGGGCCAGUACCGCUCUUCCCAGCUGGUUUUCGGGAGCGGGAGGGGAAGGACAGGGAGGCCAGGACCCUCCUCCGCGCCUUUGAACUAGUCGUGAGCCCCUGGGUCCCGCCGGGCCGCGCGCUUUCCACGCCCCCAGCGGCGGCAUCGGGCUCUGGUUGCCCUUGACCCCGGGGAGACUGAAGUGCCACCUCGCCCCGGGCAAGGCGAGGCGGUGCUAGGCCGAGCCCGCGACACCCGCCUCGGUCGCCCGCCUCUUAGGGCCCCUGCGUCCACGGGCUGCGAUGGCGGCGGCGGCGCUGAUGGAGCCGGCGAAGGACUGUGUGACCUUUGAGGACGUGACCAUUUACUUCUCCCAGGAGGAGUGGGGACUCCUUGAUGAGGCUCAGAGACUCCUGUACUGCGAUGUGAUGCUGGAGAACUUUGCACUGAUAGCCUCACUGGGACUUACAUCUUUCAGGUCUCAUGUAGUUGCCCAGCUGGAGAUGGGGGCAGAGCCCUGGGUGCCUGACCGAGUGGACAUGACGUCAGCCAUGGCAAGAGGGGCAUAUAGAGGGCCUGGCUCAGAUUUUUGCCGUGGAACAGAGAGUGAGGAGUCACCUGCUGAGCUUAGUGUUUCUGUAGAAGUGUCACAGGACAUGAAUCCCAAGGUGGUUCCAUCCACCCAGAAAGGCUACCCCUGUGACCUGUGUGGCCUACACCUGAAAGACAUUGCGCACCCGGAUGAACACCAGGCAACACAUCCCAGGCAGAAACCACAUGUGUGUGAGGCAUACAGGAGAGAGUUCAAGUUCAAUGCCAACCUUCACCAACCACAGAUGCAGCAGAACGUGGACAAGCCUAUUGCAAGGAACGAAGGCAGUGCCUCGCUUGGGAAGAGCUGCAGAGAUGACACAUCAAAGAAACCUUUCACACUGAAGGAGGGUGGGAAGGCCUUUGUGUCCAGAUGUGGUUUUCUCCAGCACCAGGUCACUCCCCGUGUAGUGGAGCCACACCACAGCUCCGAAGGCAUGGUGGAUUUUCCCACUACGCAAUGCCGUAAGAAGUGCAGUGAAUUUCAGAACGCUCUCAGUGACAAAUCCUCACUUGUUCAGCAGAGGACCCCCACUGGAAAAAGGCCUUAUGAGUGCAGCAAAUGUGGGAUAUUCUUCAGCUACGCCGCUGGCCUCUUUCAACACCAGAGAGAUCACAAUCGAGGAAAGCCUUAUGAGUGUGGUGAAUGUGGGACAUUCUUUAGCCAGCAGUCCAGUCUCAUCAAACAUCAGAGAGUUCACACUGGUGAAAGCCCUCAUGUGUGCAGCGAAUGUGGGAAAUUCUUUAGCCGAAGCUCCAAUCUUAUUCAACAUAAGAGGGUGCACACUGGAGAAAAGCCUUAUGAGUGCAGUGAAUGUGGGAAAUUCUUUAGCCAGCGUUCCAACCUCAUUCAUCAUAAGAGGGUUCAUACAGGUAAAAGUGCUCAUGAGUGCAGCGAGUGUGGGAAAUCUUUCAACUGCAACUCCAGCCUAAUUAAACACUGGAGAGUUCACACUGGAGAAAAACCUUAUAAAUGCAGUGAAUGUGGGAAAUUCUUUAGCCACUUUGAUGGACUUGUUCAACAUCAGAUAGUUCACACUGGUGAACGACCCUAUGGGUGCAGCGUUUGUGGGAAAGCCUUCAGCCGAAGCUCCGACCUCAUGAAACAUCAGCGAGUUCACACUGGUGAACGGCCUUAUGAGUGCAGUGAAUGUGGGAAACUGUUUAGCCAAAGCUCCAGCCUCAAUAGCCAUCGGAGACUUCACACUGGUGAACGGCCUUAUCAGUGCCCUGAAUGCGGGAAAUUCUUUAGCCAACGCUCCAGCUUCAAUAACCAUCGGAGACUUCACACUGGUGAGCGGCCUUAUGAGUGCCUUGAAUGUGGGAAAACCUUCAGACAAAGUUCUAAUCUGAGGCAGCACCAGAAAGUUCACAAACCAGAUAAGCCAUAUAACUGCAAUGAAUGUGAAAAAGCCUUCAGCCAAAGGUCUACCCUCAUCCGGCAUCAGAAAAUUCACACUAGAGAAAGGAGUUCAGAGAAUGCGCACCCUCCUUCUUCGGCACGACAGCACCCACUAGAGAUUAACUCUGAGAGUGGUCUUUAUGAGGGAGCUGUCAGCCAGAAGUUGAACCUUGUUCAUCCAAAUAUCUAUGCUGGAGAGAUUCCCAGUGGAUGCUAGAUAUAUUGGAAGCUUUCUGGAGCAAAGUUGCAUUUUCUGACCACAAACUUUGCCAGAGUUUUUCUCACUGCUAAUGUCUGUGGUAGAAGUCAUCUCAGUUCUACCCACUGGCAGGUCUCCAGAGUGUGCAUCAGCCACUUUCCUGUGCUCACAAAAGACAGGCCUCUGCUUUCUCUUUCCAGGAGGGAAUCAUGAGUAGCCUGAGGCCAUGGGAAGAUGUCAUUCCCUCCCACUGUGACUGGUUUAGCUGUGGACAUGACCCAUCUUUGGCCAUAAAGACCUGAGCUGGGUCCUACUGGCAGCUUGCUGAGGUUUCCCUUUUUCAAGGACAUUUGUUUAUCUUGUAUGAUGCUCAUGAUGGAUUCAUCCAGCUUCCACAUUACCCAUCUUAACAACUAUUUACUUUACAUUGCUCUGGUUUGGGUGAUAAGAGCCUUAUUGAUAAAGCCACCUUUAAUCUUCUGUGUUCUGAUAACUGUGGAGUGGGUUGAGAACAGAAUUAAGGUCUACCAAACCAAAGGGGUCUCCAGAUUUAUUGCCUCAGGGAAGAGCAGGAGGCAGAGCGCAGUUUUCAGUCCAGAUUUGGCCUCGUUUGUGUUGCUACCCAGGGCAUCCUAGGGAAGCUUGUAGGGCUUUGUGGGCCUAAUGUUGUGGUCUGAAUAGCAUGAAUUUUUGUGAAUCAGAGAUUACUCUGAGGAAGGGGAGGUUGUGCAACCUCCAUUGCAUCUGGAAGCAGCAUGAGUUGGGCCCCUUGUUUACUGGGGAUGCCUCCUAUUCCUUAGCACUGUUGAGUAGACACUGUUUACCUGGCCCCUGCCAAGGAGUUAUAUGCCCUUGAUGUCUAAUGUUCCAGUAUAUGUCACCUACUGUAAGACUUACUGGGUCCAGCUGGCAAACUAGAGGGAAUGUACCUGUUCUAAAAGUGCAUCCACAAAUGUUCCCUUAAAUGUGACUGUGCAGGAUUCAGGAUUUGCAGAAGUUCUCAGGACCUCCAGACCUCUGUCCUUAUGACUAAUGUCACUGGCAGAGCAAAUUAUCUAAAGGUUUUGUGGAAUACUGCAGGCUCUCUGCAUUAUUCAUGUCAAAGCCAUUGCUGUGUUGGCAGGAAAAUGGAGACUAAGAGAAGGUAGAUCCUGUACGCCAGGGGUGAAGUAUUUGUGACAUAGCCAGCCAUCUCUGCUGCCAACAAAUGAGGAGAGAGGUAGUAGAGUCAAUAUGGGGUUGCCAAAUCUUCUAGUUUUCCAAAAUGAGUAGGAGAUUAGAUUUUUAUGUGCAACAAUUUCUUUUAAUGCUUUGUUGAGAUAUAAUUUUCAUGGAAUAAUUGGCUGUAUGUAUUUAAUGUGUACACUUUGAUAAGUUUAAAAAUAUGUAUACACUCAGGGAACCAACACCACAAUUAUGAUAAUGAACUUAUCUAUCACCCACAAAGCUACCUCAUGCCCCUUUACUAUCCCUCCUUGCCUUCCCCAGGGAACUAUUACCUACAUCCCAAGGAAACCAUUGAUUUACCUUUUUUUUCACUAUAGAUUUGUUUGCCUUUCCUAGAAUUUUAUAUGAUUGGAAUCAUAAAGUAUUUAUACUCUAUUUUUGGUCUGUUUUCUUUCAUAUAGCAUAAUCAUCUUGAGAAUCAUCCAUUCUGUGUUUAUGAGUAGUUCAUUCCUUUUACUGCUGAGUAGUGCUCUGUUGAAUGAAUACCACAGUUUUUAUGCUUUUUUUUUUAAUUAAAAAAUAUCUCAUAAAAUACACAACAUAAAAUUUACUGUCUUAACCAUUGUUAGGUGCAUGGUUCAGCGGUAUUAAGUACAGUCAUAUUGUGCAACUAUCACCAUUAUUCAUCUCCAGAGUUCUUUACAUUUUGCAAAACUGAAACUAUACCCAUUAAACAAUAACUCCCUAUUUCCCCCUUCCCCAAGCCCCUGAAAACCAAUAUUCUACUCUCUGUAUUUGACUACUCUAGUUAUCUCAUAUAAAUGGAGCUAUAUAUUAUUUGUCUUUUUGUGAUUGGCUUAUUUCACUUAGCAUAAUGUCCUCAAGUUUCAUCCAUGUUAUAAUAUGUGUCAGAAUUACAUUACUUUUUAAGCUGAAUAAUAUGCCAUUGUAUGUAUAUGUCAUAUUAUGCUUAUUCAUUCAUCCCUCAAUGGAUACUUGAUUUAUUUCCACCUUUUGGUUAUUGUAACUAAUGCUGCUGUGAACUUGGGUGUACAAAUCUCUCUUUGAAACCUUGCUUUCUAGUCUUUUGGGUAUAUAACUGAAAGUGGAAUUACUGGAUCAUAUAGUAAUUAUAUUUUUAAUUUUUUGAGGAAAAAAAAUUGUGUUUCCCACAGUGGCUGUACCAUUUUACAUUUUCAGCAAGGGUUCUAAUUUUUCCACAUCCUCACUAACACUUGUUUUUUCUGUUUUUUUGUUUGUUUGUUUGCUUGUUUUUUUGUUUUGGAUAGUAUCUACCUUGAUGAGUAUGAAGUGGUAUCUUGUUCUGAUUUGUAUUUCUGUAAUGAUUCAUGAUGGUAACUAUUGUUUCAUGUGCUUACUGGUCAUUUGUAUAUCUUCUUUAGGAAAAUGUCUAUUCAGGUCCUUUCUCCAUUUUUGAAUUAGAUUGUUUGUGUUUUGAUGUUGCUAAGUUUUAGAAAUUAUAUAUACUGGAUAUUAAUCUCUUUUUAGGUUUGUGAUUUGCAGAUAAUUUCUCCCAUUCUGUGGGUUGCCUUUUUACUAUGUUGAUAGUGUGUCCUUUGAUACACAAAAGUUUGAAAUUUUCAUGAGGUCCAAGUUGUCUUUUUUCUUUUUUUCUUUUGUUGCCUGUGCCUUUGGUAUCAUAUCCAGAAAAUCAUUGCCAAAUCCAAUGUUAUGAAAUUUUCCAAUGUUUUCUUCUAAGAGUUUUAUAGUUUUGGGUCUUACAUUCAGGUCUUUGAUCUAUUUUGAGUUAAUUUUUGUGAAAGGUGUUAGGUAAGGGUCCAGCUUCAUUCUUUUGCAGGUGGAUAUUCAGUUUUCCCAUUGAUUGAUUUUGUCAAAAAUUAUUUGACCAUAUAUGUGAGGGUUUAUUUUUGGACUCUAUUCUAUUCCAUUGGUCUAUACUUUUUUCUUUAUGUCAAUACCUCACUAUUUACAUUAAUGUGGCUUUGUAGUAAGUUUUGAAAUUGGAAAAUGUGAGUCCUGCAAUAUUGAUCUUCUUUAUCAAGAUUGUUUUAGCUAUUCAGGGUCCCUUGAGAAUCCAUAUGAGUUUUAGCAUAGAUUUUUGUUUCUGAAAAAAAAAUUACUGGGAUUUUGGUAGGGAUUGCAUGAAAUCUUUAGAUUGCUUUGGGUAGAAUAGACAUCUUAACAGCAUUCAGUCAUCUAAUCCAUGAAUGUGGGAUAUGUUUCCAUUUAUUUAUGUCUUCUUUAAUUUUUUUCAGUAAUGUUUUAUGGUUUUAAAAUUAAGUUUUUACCUCCUUGGUUAAAUUACUUCUUAAGUGUUUUAUUCUUAUUGAUGCUGUUGUAAAAGGAAUUGUUUUCAUAAUUUUCUACUCAGAUUGUUCAUUGUUCGUAUAUAGAAGUGCAACUGAUUUUUCUGUGUUGGUUUUGUAUCCUACUUUGUUGAAUUAAUUUAUUAGUUCUAAUAGUAAUUUUGUGGAGUCUUGAGGGUUUUCUAGAUUUCAGAUUAUUUCAUCUGUGAACAAAGAUAAUUUUCCUUAUUCUUCUCCAAUUUGUAUGCCUUUUAUUUCUUUUUCUUGCCUAAUUGCUCUGGCUAGAACUUCCAGUACUAUGUUGAAUAGAAAUGGUGAGAGUGGGCAUUCUUUCCUUAUUCCUGAUUGAAAAGCUGUUAGUUCUUCACCACUGAAUAUGAUAUUAGCUGUGGGUUUUUUAUACAUGGCUUUUAUUAUGUUGAGGUAGUUUCCGUCUAUUCCUAAUUUGUUGAGUGUUUUUAUUGUGAAAGAGUGUUGAAUUUUGUCAAAUGCUUUGUCUGCAGCAAUUGAGAUGAUCAAGAUGUUUUCUCCCUUUAUCCUGUUAAUGUGGUGUUAGAUGAUUUUCAUAUGUUGAACGAUCCUUGCAUUCCAGGAAUAAAUCCCACUUGAACACGGUGUUUAGUCCUUUUAGUAUGCUGCUGAAUUCUGUCUGGUAGUAUUUUGCUAAGGAUAUUUGCAUCAGUAUUCAUAAGGGAUAUAGGUCUAUUCUUUUCUUGUAGUAUCUUUUUCUGGCUUUGAUAUCAAGGGAAAUGAAUUAAUGUGUUAUCCUUCAAGUUUUUGGAAAAUUUUUGACAAGGAUUAAUGUUAAUUCUUCCUUAAAUGUUUGGUAAAAUUCACCAAUAAAGCCUUCAGGUCCAUAGCUUUGUUGUUGGGAGGUUUUUGAUCACUCAUUCAAAUGAAUGAAUUCAUUGAAUUCCCUCAUUCAUUUUGCUUAGUAGUUACAGUUUUAUUCAGAUAUUCUCUUUCUUCAUGGCUCUGUCCUGAUAGAUUUUGUGUUUCCAGGAAUUUGUCUAUUUCAUCUAAGUUACCCACUUUUUUUCAUACACUUGUUCAUAG